AGACUAAUGUAUAGCCGAUAGCAUCAUGUCACGUCAGUUGUUUUCAAUCCAUUUAUUCGUCGGUCGAGUUUCAGAAAAUAUUUUAUUGUAUUAGGAAUUAAAUGAACUGAGCUCUAUUAUAAUUGACACGAACAAGAGCAGUGUUCAAUUUUAUAAAGUCACUUUAAUUCAAGUUAAUUAUCUAAAAUACGUCUUGUAGAAAAUUUCUCGUCUGAGUUUCAUUUGCAUUCCAUACUAAUUUAUUUAAGUAGAACAUUUUAACAAUGUCUGUUAAAGGCGCUAAUAUGCCUGGCAAAAAGUCUGUUAUUUGGGCGUACGUAUUGUGGUUGUUUGGUGGAAUAUUCGGGGUCCAUCAUUUCUACUUGCGUCGAGAUAAGCAUGCAUUCGUAUGGUGGUCGACUCUUGGGGGUUUCGGUAUCGGCUGGUUGGGAGAAAUGUUUUGUAUCCCGCGCUAUGUAAAAGAUGCCAAUGAAGAUCCAAAAUACAUGCAAGAUUUAAUCAAGAGAAUGAUUCAGAACAAGAAGCCUCCAUUUUCCAUGAACCGCUUCACUGGAAUGCUCAUGGUUGGGUAUUCUUGGGGUCAAAUGAUGAUGUUAGCGGUUCCACCUGAUGACUUUUGGGGCGUCAAUUUCAGAUACUUAAACUGUCUAAUACCACUUGUUGCAGCUCUCGGUGUAUGGACAGUUGGUAAUAUAGGCCGAGAGAGGGGUAGCAUGAAAUGGCCAGUGCUAGCAGCUUACGCGGUGUACCCCCUACGUUACUACAUUUACGACGAGAGUAUGUGGUUCACCUUCAUGGUGCUGGCCUCGGCGUUGGCAUUCGACUCGUUCUCGAAGCGGUGGCGCAGAUCACCCCCGAAACGUACCCAUGUGGUCAGACGUAUUGUAGUGUUGGCUCUGUGCGCUGGCCUGUACCUCGCCAUGUGGUGCAGCUACCUGUACUUCCACGGCACCAUCACCGACAGUGAGGGUGAUGAAGUGCCCGUCUAUGAAGCUCUUCAUCAUUUCUUUACUAGCCCCUGGUGGCUGGACGUGAAGCAGUGCCUCAUCGACACGUACCAGUUCGCGCAGCACCACGGCUGGUACGAAGUGUGGAAGCAGAUCAUAGAUCUGUCCGACCCGCACGGCGAGCAGAACGCGUACAAGGUCCUCGAUCUAGGUCGUGAUGCCAGCCAACAGGAAAUCACCUCUCGCUGGCGGAAGCUGUCCCGCGAGCACCACCCGGACAAGACGAAACCAGAGCAUCGUAGAGAAGCUCAGGAACGGUUUAUGGACAUCCAGCGAGCUUACGAGAUCCUCUCCAGCAGCAAGCACCGGCGAUCGAGACGUAACAAGAAGGAUAACUCCGACCAAUAACUGCGUCCCAUAUACACGUAACUAUAUAAUCGAGUUGUACUUAAAUAUUAAUAAUUAGUCCUUUCUCAUACUUAAAUUAACUAGACGUAAGGCUUAUUUUUGAUUAAGUGAUUAUUAUUAUUGUAGAUCUGUAGAGUUAUUAUGUAAGAACUCGAAACUCACCGCGAAUCACGAUCGUGAAAUGUCAGAAAUUGAUAAAUAUGUUACAUGAACAAUACUAUGAUGUUUAUAAACACAACACGAUUUCUUAUCAGAUAUCUCUCAUGUAAGUUGGUUACUAACACUUC